GGCCACCGUACCUUCCCAUCCCUUCUUUAAUUCCAUUACUUUGAGAUCUACUUCAGUGAUUGGGAAGAGCCACAGGAGAAUAGGGGUUGUGGAGCAUGCGCAGAACACACUUCCUUAGAAUAAGACAGAAGCGGAUGUUCGUACAUUGACAGCGGGGCGCCUUUCUUCAAAACACAACCGUAUGAGAGUCUGAACUUCAAUAUUGCCACCAUGCCUCUGUCAACACAGUCGCAAGCCGAUGAUGAACAAUACGUUUUAGUGGCCAGUCUGGAUAAUGCUCGCUGUCUGUCCAACAUACUGAAAGCUAUCACCUUCAAAGACCAUGCCAUCUUCAGCGCUACACCCAACGGCCUGAAGGUCACUGUGGAAGACUCGAAAUGUCUGCAAGCCAAUGCUUUCAUCCAGGCUGAGAUCUUCCAAGAGUUCACCAUAAGGGAAGAUUUGGUGGGUUUUCAGGUCAACCUCACUGUUCUACUGGACUGCCUCAAUAUCUUUGGAGGAAGCACAGUACCAGGAGUAUCAACAGCCUUGCGGAUGUGCUACAGGGGGUACGGUUACCCUCUCACCCUGUUCCUGGAGGAGGGUGGGGUAGUGACUGUGUGCAAGAUCAACACACAAGAACCCGAAGAGCCAAUUGACUUUGAGUUCUGCAGCACCAACGUCACAAAUAAGGUGAUCCUGCUGUCAGAGAGUCUCAAGGAAGCCUUUUCUGAACUGGACAUGACCAGUGAGGUGCUACAGAUCACCAUGUCCCCCAGCCAGCCAUACUUUAGGUUGUCUACAUUUGGGAACUCUGGAAAUGCCCAUUAUGAUUAUCCCAAAGACUCUGACAUGAUGGAACUGUUCCGAUGCACCAAAACACAAACCAACAGGUACAAGAUGUCCCUGCUGAAGCCGUCCACCAAAGCCCUGGCUCUCUCCUGUAAAGUCUCUGUGAGGACAGACAGCAGGGGCUUCCUCUCUCUACAGUACCUGGUCAGGAAUGAUGACGGACAGAUCUGCUUUGUGGAAUUUUAUUGUUGUCCUGACGAGGAAGUGGAGUAGGAGUGAUUACAGUCCACUGAAUUCCUCUUUAAAUAAGCAUCUCGACUUCAGCGGCGGCCAGUCGCUUUGAAUGAGAAGACAAAGUCUGCCAGAGGAGGCAGUGCAGCCAGUGGGGAGCACACAGGAAAACAAUGCUGGACUAAAUGGGCACAGUGGGAAAGGUUGCGUUGUUACAACUGGUUCAUCAUUUGCCAAAUGGUCAAGUUUGAGUGGAGCAUCACCACGUGGAAGAUAAUGUCACCUACAUGGUGUUACGUACCUGUAUGAAGUUAGACCACCGUCAUACUGAGUUCAUAAUUUAAGACGGAUACGGAAAAUGACUGUGCAGUUACUGUAUAUUGUAUUGUUAGUUACUAUGGAGACACAGUUAUUGGGAGUUAUUGUUUGUAGUCCAAUUGCAGCCAUGAUUGUCUGUGUUAAGUAUUUUAGCUCAUCUUUCUGGAGCCUCUUCUGCAUUUUUUCCUUUGACUUGUGCACUGAGCUGGUUGACAGCCCAUAAAAGAGGGUAUCUAUAGACACGGCACAAUGAUAUUUUUCUGGAUGUGUCUGUCGUAGUGUGUACAGUAAUCUACACAGGCCCAGGACUAUACAUACAUUGCCAUAAUGGCCGUUCAUGUUGAAAGUAUAUUUUAAAAACCAUUUGUUUGGAGUAUACAUCAGAUGAUACAGUUUUGAUUAUAUUUUAUUUCCAUGACACAGAAAACAACUGUAGCCACUCAAAAGCAAUAAACAAGGUUUUUCUUACA